GUCGGAUUGGAUUGGCACACGACUGGCAAUCAGUCCUGGAAUCCACUGAAAUAAUCCUGAUAGCUUGCUUCAUCGUUCCCAAUUGUGCCCGGAUCCACCCCUGCGAACUCCCCUGGCCUUCUCAGAUGAGCCCUGAUCUCUUAAGGUUCUAACCGACUGCCUCGUCUGUUCUCAGUUCUGCCACUUCGCCUCCUCCCUCUCGCCUUCCUUCCCCGCAUUCCCGGCUGGAAAUUUAGGCUCGGAUCUUCGUCUUUCAUUUUACUCUUCGGUGGCUGUUCACCUAGCGAGUUGGAGCCACGAGCACGAAGGGAAAAGAAAACCGACGCACCUGUCCCUAGGGAUCCGACUCGUCUAUCUCCUGUCGCCUUCUGGCCCUCAAGAAUAAGCACAUGCAUGCUUGUUCCCUCCUGCGCCGCCGUCUAAUUCCUCCCUCGGCCAAUUCUAUCCAACUUGCGUUGGAGAGACUGCUCCAUCCAGGGCGCGCACAGAUCCUCACACCGUGGGACUCUAAUCGAACCCCUUUGAUUUGGUCUCGGCCCUCUAGACGACCCUUCUCCACUUCUCCGUUGUCACAACCUUGCGAAUCGAGGCAGGCUUCGUCUUUCUGGUCAGUCACACUCGCCUUACUCCUUAUCGGUACAGGGGCCUGUAUACAGAAUAAAUUUCGCAAUCUCGGAGGCGAUAUCUCUGAAGUUUCGGCCUCUCUGGAAUUCGAGCAAGAAUCACAAUCACCUUUCCUCGGAGUCAUUGAAACCCUGAGAACAAUGCCUAUGGAAGCACAGCCCGGAACUGUGGGGAACCUCACAGCAGAGCAGGAGGCCAAGCUACAAGAAUUCUGGGUCCUGCUGCUGAAGGUUUGCGGUGUCAAUAUGGAUGCUGUUGAGCAACUACAGCAGCAAUCCGGUGAUUCCACCCCUUCAAGCGCACCACAAGAGAAGAAGAAGCAGUCUAAGCGGCGGUUCGGUCUCUUUGGGCGGAGCAACAUUGAAGAGGAGGAAGAUACCGCCAGUGAAAAGUCCACCAAUGGCAUCACUUCCAGUCUCGCCUCCAUCAACAUCACCGACGGAGAUGACAAGUAUGGACAGUCGAAAGAGUUUCAGCAGGCCCUUGUGGACAUGAAGCCCGAAGAGAUCCGGGUCACCUUCUGGAACAUGGUCAAGCAUGACAACCCUGAUUCUUUACUUCUGCGAUUCCUGCGGGCACGAAAGUGGGAUGUCAAAAAAGCUUUGAUCAUGAUGAUCUCCACGCUUCGCUGGAGACUGUUGGAUGUGAAGUUGGAUGAGGAUAUCAUGAAGAACGGUGAGCAACAUGCCUUGAAGCAAUCCCAGAGUUCCGAUCCCACCGAGAAGAAGACUGGCGAAGAGUUCUUGUUGCAAAUGCGCAUGGGUAAGAGCUUCCUCCAUGGCGUGGACAAACUCGGACGACCAAUUUGCGUCGUCAGAGUGCGCUUGCACAAGGCGGCCGAUCAGGACGCAGAAGCCUUAGACCGGUUCACUGUGUAUACCAUUGAGUCUGCCCGGAUGAUGCUUGCACCCCCGGUUGAAACAGCCUGUGUCGUCUUUGAUAUGACCGACUUCUCUCUAGCAAACAUGGACUAUCAUCCUGUGAAGUAUAUGAUCAAGUGCUUCGAAGCCAACUACCCGGAAUGUCUCGGGGUUGUUCUCAUCCACAAGGCUCCUUGGAUCUUCUCAGGAAUCUGGAAUAUUAUUAAAGGCUGGCUCGACCCUGUUGUCGCAUCUAAGAUCCAGUUCACCAAAAACGUUCAGGAUCUCGAGAAGUUUAUCCCCAAGGACCGCAUCAUGAAAGAACUAGAUGGCGACGAGGACUGGGCCUAUCAGUAUGUUGAGCCUCAGCCCGACGAGAACAAGCUCCAGGAGGACACGGCCAAGCGCGACGAAUUGGUGGCCGAAAGGCAGCAGCUCGCCCAGGAGCUCCAAGACGUCACCAUCGAAUGGAUCUCUUCGGCGAAGAAGAAGGAUGAGAGCACCGCUAAGGCGGUGGUAGACAAGAGAAAGGGCCUGAUCGAACGGCUGAGGGCCCAGUACUGGGAGCUUGACCCAUAUGCACGAGCCACUUCCUUAUAUGACAGACUGGACGUUAUCCAAGGUGGAGGUAAGAUCGAGUUCUAUCCCACCAAGAGCAAGGUCGACGGCAACGCACUUAGCGGCGAGAAGGCCGAGUGAUGUGCCGCCGGCCUUAAUAUACUAUAGAUGGCUAGAGUGUGUUGAUAGAGGGUACUUGUUAUAAUAACGCUCACGCUGUGCGGCAUGUAAAUACAGCUUUUACUUGUCUGGGAUGGAGCAUGUAUACUUGGAUCGCGGUUCAUUCUUUAUGGAGCAAUGAACUUCGCGUUAAUGAAUUGCUCAUACUUACG